AUGUCAUCAAAUUUUCUAACAAAACCUUUUGAUAUUACAAAAUUUGCACUUGUAUUCGCUAGCGCACAAAAACAUUUCGGUGCAAGUGAUCUUAUUGAGCAAACUGCAAUGGAUCUAUUCAAUUCAAUAAAUAGAAAAUAUCGUAGCCGUGUAAAUAUUCCAUUUCGGAUUGUAAGAAAUGGUCAACCGGACGAACGACUUGAAUCAUUAUUUAUUCAUCAAGCGAUUCAAUCAAAUAUGAUUGAAUUUGAAAGGCCAUCGGAUUGUUGGUGGUAUUCGAGUAAAGCUGUAUAA